CCCUCGCUGUGAGUGUAGGUUGUAAAGAGUAAAAGAUUAAUGUGCCAUUUUUAUAAAACAUAACUUGUGACUUGUACAAAGCUUUGCGUAGAGAAACUUAUUGGAAAAUAAACAAUAUAUUGACAGGUGGGACGUCAUUGUAAAAUCCGUCAAAGUUGUACCAGAGUCAGCAAAGGACACAAAGCUGUAACACAAGGAGCCGAGGUCGUCAGGUCAUCUGAAAUCAGCACCACCAGUAACAUCUCUAAAAUGGACAGUGAUGAUGGUCUGGAUGGUUUGGACAUUUUGACAUCGCUACUGGCUGAGAGCGAGGGAGUCGGAGAAGAACAAGGCAAUCAGGAAAAGGCAGAUGACUUGGACGACCUCUUUGAUGGCGACAGUGAUGAGGGGGAAGAGUACAAAGAGGGCCUUGAGGAGGAAGGUCAAGAUGCAAAGGCAGAGGACGCACUGUCUGAUCUCUUUGGAGAUGUGGACGACAUUGAAAAUGAAGAGAAAGACACUAAAAGAAAAGGAAGUGGUGGAGAAGCCUGUGGGGGCCUGGACAGCUCCAAAGAGGAUUUACAAGAACAGCUGAGGCGCAUGCAGGAGCAGAUGCAGCGGUUACAGCAGCAGCUGGAAGCAAGUCAGAAAGCUUCCACAUCAUCUUCCACUCCAGUCACGACUGCAGGGAGCUCGGCUGGUCCCAAACCAAUGACCCCCAAACCGACACCACCUCGACAGCCGACCUCCAAACUGACCCAGGCCAAACCAGCCUCUACCACACAGAAUACCAAGACACAAGCAGCCGCAACAUCUUCAUCCGCUCCAGUCACAGGAGGAGGUCUGAAGCUCCAGGAGUCCUCUGACUUUUUUGACCAGCUGAACAAUGCUGACUCCUUCAAACGCAAACCCAGGGUAGCUCACAAUCCCAAAGCCAGCACAUCGCCGGAAGACAGAGGGCCACUGGUGGAGAUAAAGAUCGGCAGCUCCUUCCAGCCAGUAGAGAGCAGCAGCAAGGUUUACAAACCUCUGCGUUCACCUUCAGCCUCUCAGAGCAGACCUGCACCAGCAGCUCAGCCUAAACCUUCUCUCCCUGCCCUUCCUAAAGAUGUGGGUGUCGAGAAAUACUCAGGACUGCGGCUCAGAAAACCACGCAUUUCCUCCAGCGAAAUGGACCGCAAGAUGGCCGACCGCCGCCUGAUCCGUCUGUCGCAGGUGCCGGAGCGAAUGGCUCGGGAGAAACUGGAGGACAGCGACUGGGUGACCUUCGCUGUGCUGGUCAGCAAGGCCACACCACAAAGCAGCAGCAGUGGCAAAACCUUCAGCAUCUGGAAGCUGAACGACCUCCAUAACCUGGAAGUGUUUGUGUCCCUGCUACUGUUCGGCGAAGUCCACAAAGAGCACUGGAAGACGGAGCCGGGCACCGUCAUUGGACUCCUCAACCCGAACCCCAUGAAGCAGAAAGAUGGAUAUGACGGGGUGAGCCUGACGGUGGAUCACCCGCAGAAGGUGCUGCUGAUGGGUGAAGCUCAGGACUACGGCACCUGUAAGGCCAUGAAGAAGAACGGAGACCCCUGCUCUCAGAUGGUCAACCUGUAUGAAUGCCAGUAUUGCCAGUAUCACGUCAAGGCCCAGUAUAAGCAGAUGAGCUCCAAGAGGGCCGAGCUGCAGUCUGCGUUUUCUGGAAAAGCUCCCAACAAGUUGAAGGGGAAAGGUGGCAGCCUGAGAGAGCGGCUGUGUCAGGACGGCUUCUACUACGGCGGUGUGUCUUCACCUGCCUGUGCCGCAUCAUUAUCAACGUCCAAACCGAACAAACCUGCCCAGAGGACUUUGGACAAGCUGUUUGUGAAAGGCUCAGCUCAGCACAUCAAUCAGGCCAAGAGGCUGGCCUUGCAGUCCGGUGAAGUUUCAGGUUGUUCAGAUGAGUUUAAGAGCCUCCUGUCAGUGCCAACACCCGGAGCGCUACAGCUGAAGCAGCACUUGGCAAAGGGGAGCCAAUCAGUCUCCAAAGGUGCAGCUCCAGUUCAGUCUUUCUCAGCCUCGGACCUGCUGAAACAGCAGAAACAGAUCCAGCAGGAGUUUCGGCAGAACCGUCGGCGGAGGGCAGACGAGAUCCAGAAGAGGGUGCUGCAGAGCUCAGCUGGGCCAAGUCCCAGGUUGUCGUCAUCCUCCUCCUCCUCACUGGGCCAGAAUGGUCUCAUGUCCCCAAAAGCUGCUUCCGAGGUCCCCAAGGCCACCCAAAGCCCCGCGGCCCCUCACACUCCCACCCUGGGUCGAGGCUUCUCUGAGGGGGACGACAUCCUGUUCUUUGAGAACAGCCCGCCGCAGGCACCUGCCCCCAGCGCUCUCAACCUGUCAGCUGCCAAGCUGGCUGCUCUGAAGAAGCUGAGAGCCAAAGGGGCGGGGCUUGAAAAGGAAGACCCCAACGCUGUGAAGAGAAAGAGGAGUAACGACAGUGAGAUCAGCGCCCGAGUUGAGAAGAAUCUGACAUCACCAAAUGGAGAAUCGUGCAGUAAUGAGGAUGACGAACCAGCCCAGAAGAAGAAGCGGGAUCAGCAACUUUACAUCCAGUCAGAGGAGUUUCAAAAGAUCCUUAACGCCAAAUCGCGCCAUGGGGCUGCACUACAGGCGGCGGAGUACCAACUGCAGGAGAAAUACUUUGAUCCUCUGGUGAAGAAGGAGCAGAUGGAGGAGAAGAUGAAGGGCAUCAGAGAGAUGAAGUGUCGUGCUGUUACAUGUAAAAAGUGUAAUUAUACCUACUUCAAGCCGGCGGAUCGCUGUGUGGAAGAGAAUCACAAUCUGCGGUGGCACGAUGCCAUGAAACGUUUCUUCAAAUGUCCUUGUGGACAGAGAGCCAUCGCUCUAGACAGACUGCCGAACAAACACUGCACUAACUGCGGCCUGUUUAAAUGGGAGCGUGAUGGGAUGCUGAAGGAGAAAAAGGGGCCGAAGAUCGCCGGAGAGCUUCUCCUGCCUCGAGGAGAGGAGCACGGCAAGUUCCUCAACAGCCUGAAGUGAUGGCACCAGGACAGGAUCUUUAGUAGCAUUUUUAUAUUUGUAUGAAUUAUGUUUUUAAAGUUUGAUGUUGUGUUGUCAUUAUUCAUUAUGUGAUUUGAAUGUCUGGUUAAAUUGCUAAU